UUAAAAAAGAGUGUUGAACUCUGCUUAUUAGUCAUUCCUUCAAUAUUUGUUGUUGAGGAAGCUAGCCAUGGCAACAAAUUGUGUAAAGCUUCUAGGUGUAUGGGCAAGCCCGUACGUGAACCGUGUUGAAAUAGCCCUCAAGAUGAAGUCUAUUGAGUAUGAAUUUAUACAAGAACAUGUGUUAAACAAAAGUGAGCUGCUCCUCAAAUCCAAUCCUGUUUACAAGAAAAUCCCAGUCCUGUUCCACGACGAAAAGCCUAUCUGUGAGUCCCUUGUCAUCCUUCAGUACAUCGAUGAAGCUUGGCUUAAUGGUCCCUCCAUUCUUCCUUCUGAUCCCUAUGAUCGUGCCAUAGCACGAUUUUGGGCAGCCUAUAUAGAUGAAAAGUGGUAUCCAUUGGUAGCGGAGUAUAGGAACGCAGAAGGAAAGGAAGCAAAAGCAGCUGUGGUGGAGAAAAUGUCUGAAGGAAAUUUGCUGCUGGAGGAAGCUUUUAUGAAGAUCAGCAAAGGUAAAUCUUACUUUGGUGGAGAUAGUAUUGGUUACGUUGACAUUGUUCUUGGUAGUUUACUCGGAUGGGUAAAGGUCAUCGAGAUAAUGGAUGAAAUGAAGAUACUAGACGAAACAAAGACGCCUAGCCUAGCUGAAUGGGCGGAGAGAUUUUGCUCAGACAAUGUUGUAAAAGAUAUCAUUCCACAGCCUGAGAAACUUGUGGGAAUUUAUCGCAAGUAUCUCGAGGUGAAGUAA